CUUUUAUAAACCAAAUCACGAUUAUAGGCGUUUUAUUGACAGUGUGAGUGAUUUCGAUUUGCAUACUAUAAUAAAAUGGCCAACAAGAAUUGGGAAAUCGUUAUUAACAACGAUUGACCAGAUCUUUCUAAAUUUUCAGAACUGUGGUUCAAACUGCGUCAUGGAUACUACUGUAUCUGCCCACAGGAUCGUACUUCUUGAACUGAAUAUUUCCUCCACUGACGAUGACACAGGAUAUGAAAUAUAUUAUUCACGUAGAUAUGCUGAAAAUGCGGUUAAUAACUUUGUUGUGAAUUUUUUGAUAUAUUGAUGACGACGAGGAGUGGAAGAGGUGGUGAGCAGAGUGUGAAAAAGGCGUCACCCACUUCUUGCGCCUAUGAGGAAGCUGGAGCAGAUUUAUUUACGAGUAUUACGCCGCCGGAUUACUCGUUAGGACAUUGUCUUUCCCAGGACCUGAAAAUACCCAGAGGCAUCACCAAAAUAUUCAGGAACUGCGUGGCCUACAAAUAG